CAGAGGGAAGGCAUGGAGAGAGAAGACACGCAAAAAGCUCGCCUGAAUUCCACCACCUCUGACGUCUGACCAGAUGACAGCUGAUUCUCCCGCGACACAGGAAGGGACUGCGCCAACAUGUUUUUACUAAUAAAGCAUAGCUUAUGCCCUCGCUUCCUUAUGUUUGUUUUCAAGCUGUGCGUAGUGUAGUCGCUAAAAGCUGCUUCGGUGGGGGGACACGAGUGCCAACACAUCAGCAGCGAGCUGAGAAAAAAAAAAAAAAAAAAGUUGUCUUUCGUGAGUCUUCCAGGAUCUUAAAAGUCGUCAUUUCCCUCUGGACUUCAAUCACCCGAAUAGGUUAUGAGUAAUGGAAGCGGGAUCGCUGGUGCGCGCCGUGUUCGAGUUCCUCCCGAGCGUAUCCGAGGAGCUGCCCCUCUUCACGGGCGAUGUCAUCGAGGUGCUCAGCGUGGUGGAUGAGUUCUGGUUGCUCGGCAACAAAGAUGGGGUCACCGGUCAGUUUCCCAGCACCUUUGUGGAAGAGGUUACCAUUCCCAGUACCAAGCCUGGAGACCGACUGUACGUGUGCAUCAAUGAUUUCUGCUCCACGGAACUGGGGGAUCUUUCUUUAAUGAGAGGUGAUGUGGUAGUUGGGGAGACAGGGGAGUCCAUGGACCUUGGGGAAUCCUGGCUUCACGGCUGUAAUGCAUGGGGGGCCCGUGGUGUCUUCCCCACAUCCUGUGUGAAGGAGCUGAACCUCUCGUGCCGCUCCAGGCAGCUAUCCGAGCGCUCAGCCCAGGCUCAGGCUUCCGACCUCCCACCGUAUGCCCUCGGCCAGGCCCGGGCUCUCAUGAGUCUCCAUGCGCAGCUCAACGAGGAGCUGGACUUCCGUGAGGGGGAAUUGAUCAUCAUCACCGGGCUGCCCGAGCCGGGCUGGUACGAGGGGGAGCUAGACGGCCGAAGGGGCAUCUUCCCAGAGGGGUUUGUGGAGCUCCUAAAUCCUCUUCGAUCACCUCAGGAGCUCGCGGACUGCCAGUAUUUAAGCAAUGAGGAUGACGAAGCAGCAGAGGGCACUGAAGAAGAUGCCUUGGAAGAUGUGGAGGUAGAGGAGCAGAAAGAGUCGGUUGAAGAAGAUGAAGAGGUGGAAGGUGCUGUCUAUGGAGUGGCACUAUAUGAAUUUAGAGCCAUGGAGCCCGGUGAGUUGGACUUUGAUGUGGGCGAUCGCAUACAUGUUGUAAACACACUGGAAGAUGGUUGGCUGGAGGGCGAACUGAGAGGGCGGCGAGGUAUCUUUCCACACCGGUUUGUCAAAACAGAAGAUUCUGGGCCAAAAAUGGUUGAGGAAACAAAUGAUGAACCAGACGAAGAGAAGGAGAACACUUUUGAUCCUUCAUUCCCAAAUGGGAACAACCUUGAACUGGCAUCUUAUGAAGAUCAUACCAUAUGGGACCUGGACUACUUUGAGAGCAAUGAGGAGCAGAGAUGGCAAAGUGAACGCAAGAUUCAUGAGACUCGAAACGAAAGCAGAAGGCGGAGCGAUUCAGGCAGCAGGAUUGGCUCUCAAACGCAAAGACCUGUCGGCCCGACACAUCAAAGACCACAGAGACCAACAUCUAUGCCACCAGCGAGGCCUAGAAUCCCACCUCCUCGGCCGAGCCUGCCUGCACGUAGCCAAAGGAACCGUAUUAAUGCAAAACAGACGAACUAUACUAACGGCAACACCCGACCUUCUCAACCAAAAUUAUCUCAUAGCCUAACUCUUCCUAACACGAAUUCUGGUUGGUCAAAAGACACCCGAAACUGCCGGAGGCCAGCAGGGAAUGGUGUCCCCGCCAGUAGCCGAAGUGCAACGCUUGGACAAGCAUUGGUAAGCCUUGUUGAGAAGCAUAAACAGAAGAAGGCAAGUGUCAAUGAAAUCGAGAGCCAAUCAUAUCGUUCCCAGCAGAAGGUGCGCUCAAGCUCUAACGGCUUCCUGCCAACAUCCCUCACCCUGGAGAACCUGCUGACGUCAGCCGGUGACUUGGAGGCCAAACUGUCCCAACAGCUUUUCGAAUUUGAGAAAAGCCUGACGUCGUCGUGUAGCGACACCAGCGUAAGUUCUGGCGCUUCCGCCGAGCCCAACCAGCAAUCUCACAUCUCCAGACACUUCUCCAUUUUGGGCUACAGCGACGAGAGUGAUAUCAUCCGGGGUUCCUCGCACUCCACGGGGUCCAACUCUGCUUUCUCCUCGUUAGAGCGACGCAGGGCCCUUCGCCCUCCGCCUCCUCGUCCGCGAGUCUUUCGUCCCCAAGCUGCACCUGCGAGCAGACCAGCGCGUCCUGCCCCACGUCCACCUCCACCCACCCCGAGACCCACCAACUCUCUCCACAACAACAACAACCCAAUAUUCUUUGCCUCCGAUGAACCAACUGGAAACCUCUUUGACCAAAUAACUGAAGGGCAAGCAGAUUUCGGUGGACUCGAACCCACCCAGGAACAUGAGAUCCAACUCCAGCUGGAAGCCGAGAAUGAUCUGGAAACGAAGAUGGAGCUGGAGAGCCAACAACAGACGGAGCAGGAGGAGAAUUACCAGCUGUUGCUGCGGUUACAAGAAGUGGAGAACGACAUGGACGCGUAUGCGCACACCGCUGAGGAACUCAGGGCUAUGCUCGAGGAGGAAGAGGAGGAGACUGCCCGCAUGCAAGUCAUGGAGAACCUCGAGUUCUGCAACUACACGCUGGAGACGCUGGCCUUGGAGCAGCAGCAGUUGCAAGAGAUGACACAGCUGUCGUCGCAACCCGAACCCCCGAAGCCCGCCUCGUCCGGCGACGCCACGCCCGGCGCCGACGCCGGCGCCGAGGACCCCGAGCUGAGGAUGCUGGAGAAGCGGUCCAAGGUGAUCGAGGAGCUGCUGCAGACGGAGAAGGACUACAUCAAGGACCUGCAGAUGUGCGUGGUGGAGAUCGUUGAACCUCUGCAGAAGAAGCAGGUGAAGAACGUGGACUUUGAGGGACUUUUCGGCAACAUCAACUCCGUGAUCGAUCUGUCACAGCGGCUGUUUGAAACACUGGAGGAAACGGACUCAAUCGGAAAGGUCUUCCUCGACUUUAAAGCGGAGCUGGAGGCGGUGUACAACAUCUAUUGCCAGAACCACGACGACGCCAUCUCGCUGCUGGAAAGCUAUGAAAAGGACGAAAACAUCCAGCGCCACGUGUUGGAGUGUCUGGAGAGGCUAAGGGCCAUAUAUCGAGAGUGGGGCAAAACAAACUACAUCAACCUGGGCUCUUUCCUCAUCAAGCCGGUGCAGCGGGUGAUGCGCUACCCGCUGCUGCUCAUGGAGCUGCUGGGGUCCACGCCCGGGAGCCACCACGACCUGCCCCACCUCACUCAGGCCCUACAGGCUGUCAAGGAAAUCAACGUCAACAUCAACGAGUGCAAGCGCCGGAAGGACCUCGUGGUGAAGUACAGGAAGGGGGACGAGGACACGUUCAUCGACAAAAUUUCAAAACUGAGCAUGCAUUCCAUCAUCAAGAAAUCCAACCGUGUCAGUAGCCACCUCAAGCACCUGACUGGAAUUUCACCCCAGAUUAAAGACGAGGCGUUCGACGAGGCUGAAAAGAGAUUCCGGCACCAGGAGAGACUCAUUAAAACUUUCAUCCGGGAUAUAUCCUUGUACUUGCAGCAUAUCAGGGAAUCGGCUUCUGUGAAGGUGUUGGCGGCCAUCAGCUUCUGUGACAUCUACACCGAGCGAAGUAACCCCGACCCGGAUUGCUUCCAGAGAGCCCACCGCUGCAUCAGCGACAAACAGUUCACCGAAUUUAAGGAGCGCACGGAAGCUUUGGUCAUAAACCCGCUCACCCAGCUGCUUCUCAUGUUCGCCGGGCCUCACAAGCUGGUCCAGAAGCGCUUCGACAAGCUGCUGGACUACGACAACUGCAAGGAGCGUGCCGAGCGCCUCAAGGACCGGCGGGUUCAGGACGAGCUGCAGGUGGCGCGCAGUAACUACGAGGCGCUCAACGCCCAACUUCUGGACGAGCUCCCCAAGUUCCACAGCGCCGCCGAGGAGCUCUUCACCGGCUGCGUGAAGGCCUUCGCUCAAGCGCAAAAAGACUUCAUGAAGACGACCCUCGGAGAGCUGAAGCCUCUCCUUCAAGUUUUUUCACGCAAGGUCAGCACUGAGGGCAACUUGGUGGCCCAGUUCCAAGAAGAGUACGGUCGCGUUCUUCAGCUUCUGCAGAGCUUUAGCUUCUGCCCUGAAAACCUCCCCCCAGCCACCACCACCCCCACCCCCACCACUGCAACCAUUAUCCCCAACAAGAAAACCCUCGACAAGCAGAGCUCGAAAAAGCAACUCCAAGGACCUCCUAACUGCAUCUUGCAGACCGAUGAGCAUCGAGCCGGCCUGAUGGCGCGCUACGGUCCCGGGAAACUCUUCCAAGCUGAGAGAAACUUCAAUGCGGCCCAGGAUCUGGACGUGUCCAUCCUGGAGGGGGACCUGGUGGGCAUCAUCAAGCAGCAGGACCCAAUGGGUAGCAACAAUCGUUGGCUGAUUGAUAACGGCGUCACGAAGGGCUUCGUGUACAGCUCCUUCCUCAAGCCCUACAACCCCCGCAGGAGCCAGUCUGAUGUGUCCAUCGAGAGCCAGUCAUCCAACGAGUCGGGCUACGGCGGCUCCUCGCCUGUUUUCUCGCGCCAGAACAGCACCAGCACGCUGACGUUCAACCAGGAGACAGCGGUGGUCAGCUUCUCCACGUCGCAACCCCAGAGCCACUCGUCCCCGCAUCCGUCUCUGGAUUCCACGCCAUCUCGCGGGCCUCACCCCGACUCGGCCAGUCAGAGCGACUCCUCGCCACGGAAUUCCUCCAACCGCAAGGAGUUCACUGAGCACUGCGCCGCCUCCGGUCACAGGAACGCAGAGUCUUCCGACCAGCAUUCGGGCUGCCACAGAAACUCGUACAAUGCGACUCACGCCAGCCCAAACGACCAAUCCGAGACGGACUCUUACUCCUCGCACAGAAACGGCUCGCAGCAGAGACAUGGCGACAAAGCUUACAAUUCCUGCCAGUGGAAGAACGGUGGGCACAAGAAGUCGGCGUACUCUCAAGACGACUUUAGCGAGCCCGAAUCUGAGCAGGAUGCGGAAUCGGACGGACAUCAGAUCUACUUUGCCCUGUACUCCUUCAGCGCUCGUUGUGUCAACGAACUGAGCAUUUCCGCCAACCAGCGUCUACGCAUACUGGAGUUCCAGGACAUGAACGGCAACGCCGAGUGGUGGCUCGGCGAGGCCGGCGGCCGACGAGGCUACGUGCCUUCCAACUACAUCCGGAAAUCUGAGUACACCUGAGCGUUUGUCAAGUGGCGGUGAGACUGUUUACGCGUGCGCAACACAACCACAAACAAGCGGCUUAUUUUUGGAGUGACUGACUUUUACUCCUAGCACCAUAUGCUUAUAUUUAUAGACUUUUUGUAUUGGUAUUUUUGUACUUUCCAUUAAAACCUGUGAAUAAUGAGGACAAUGCAUUGAGUAUUAAAGAGAAUAGCACAUCGGGGAAGCUUAAAAGUUUUUUUUUUUUUUUUUUUAGACCCGAUCACUGUUUAUUGCACUUUCUCUAUUUGGCUUCAUAUGAAUGGUGUGGCUAUGACGAACUAUACGCAACAAUCAAAGUGUGAGGCACUUAUAGUGAAGUUGCAGUUGAGGAGAGCAUGGCGUUGCGUGAAUAGAAACAGCACUCGACUUUUCUUUUUGUUAGUGGCCUACUUUUUUUUUUUUUUUUUUUUUUUUACCUGGUGUGACACUGAAAUGAAGUGGUGGAAAAAACGAAAAGGUAAAAAAUGUUCAUCAAUAAAGGGGAGAACAUGUUUGCGCCCCGUGUACAUACUGUACGUAAUGUUGUAUAUUUGUGUGCGAUCGCACCUUUUUUGAUUAAAACAACCAUGUGAGAACGAC